AUGUUCAAGCGACAGUUGACCAAAUCCUUUAGAUUAGGAGAGGGUGUUCUGUCCUCUUCCAGGCUAUUCAGUAGCUCAAACUUGUGUGCAGCCGAAGCACCUGACAAGCAAACACAAAACCAAAGAUGGGCAGCUUCAGUUAAGAAGUCACGCCCCCACCAACCUGUCGGAAGUGCUAUUCAAGCCAGUAUAAAUAGCAUGCAAAGGAAUCAGGAGGCAUCUAAGAGAGAAGCUGAAAAGAAUGCAAUCGAUAAUUCCUUUGUCAAAAAGUUCCAGCCGGGAUCAACGUAUGAUCCUUUCGACUUUUCUUUAGCCAGAUUGAGACUCGACAAAAUCAAUCAACAAGCAAUUCUGAAGAAAGAUAGAUUUAAGAAAGUAAAGUUGAAUCCUUUAGCAUUAUGGACUGUAAGUAUCUAG